CAUAACAGAAGAGCUAAGAAGACGGAAAACGUCGUUCAUGAAUAUUAAUUACGCUAUGCGACCGAAGGCUCAUUAAUAUUCAUAACCAGUUCCUCGGAACGUCAGCGUAACGGAAGUAAUAUUCAUGGGCUGAGACUCGGGAGUUUAUCACAGUUCUGACUUCUCUUUUAGUUCAGACUGUGACAGGAGUUUUUCAGAUGUUCGAGAGCGACUCUUCCUCUUCUCAGGAUGACUUUGAGGAGACUCGCGCUGUGUUUUCUGCUCGUUUCUGUCGCCCGUGUCGCGGCCAAACCGCCGAAUGUCGUGUUGAUAUUGGCGGAUGAUUUCGGCUGGAAUGAUGUGGGCUACCACGGCUCUGAGAUCCGGACUCCUCAUCUGGACCGUCUGUCCGAGCGCGGGGUUCGGCUGGAGAACUACUACGUGCAGCCGCUGUGCACUCCUUCCCGGAACCAGCUGAUGACGGGCCGCUACCAGAUUCACACGGGUCUGCAGCAUCAGAUCAUCUGGCCGUGUCAGCCCUACUGUGUUCCUCUGGACGAGAAGCUGCUGCCCGAGCUCCUGCAGGACGCUGGCUACCACACACACAUGGUGGGCAAGUGGCACCUGGGCAUGUUCAGGAAGGCCUGUCUGCCCACACGCCGAGGAUUCAACAGCUUCUUCGGUUACCUGACGGGUUCGGAGGACUACUUCAAUCACACCAGGUGCAGUUUCAUCACUCCUCUGAAUGUGUCGCGCUGCGCUCUGGACCUGCGAGACGGAGAGGACACGGCCGUCAACUACACCGGACUCUACUCCACUGAACUCUUCACCCAGAGAGCCACGGACAUCAUCACACGACACACACCUGAGAAACCGUUGUUCCUGUAUGUGGCGCUGCAGGCGGUUCACGGCCCCUUGCAGGUCCCCGAGCGCUACGUCGCCCCCUACAGCUUCAUCAAGGACCAGCGGCGGCGCGAGUACGCCGGGAUGGUGUCGGCCAUGGACGAGGCGGUGGGGAACAUCAGCCAGGCGCUGCAGGACUCAGGGCUCUGGAACAACACCGUCCUCAUCUUCUCAACAGAUAACGGCGGUCAGACCCUGACGGGAGGAAACAACUGGCCUCUGCGUGGCAGGAAGUGGUCUCUGUGGGAGGGAGGAGUCAGGGGCGUGGCCUUUGUGAGCGGCCCACUCAUAGAGCAGCCUGGAGCUGUCAGUCGAGAGCUCAUCCACGUCUCUGAUUGGCUGCCUACGAUUGUGGGUCUGGCAGGGGCGUCGACGAAUGGAACCAAACCUCUGGACGGGUUCGACGUGUGGGGGGCUAUCAGUCGCGGGAAAGCGUCUCCUCGAGUCGAGCUUCUGCACAACAUCGACCCGCUGUAUGUGGACACCGCUCCAUGUCCUGGAGUAGAGGUGUCCGGUGAGUUUCUGGAGGAGUCUUUGCGGUCAUCAGCUCCUCGUCCCGCCGCUCUCGGCUCUCGCUCAGAGUUUAACAUCUCGGUUCACGCCGCCAUUCGUUACAAGAACUGGAAGCUUCUCACCGGUUACCCAGGUUGUCCUCUGUGGUUUGCGCCCCCUGGUGGUGGUGCGCUGGAGGCGUCGGAGCCGCUGAAGCAGGUGAUGCUGUUCGACAUCGAGAAGGAUCCCGAGGAGCGUGUGGAGGUGUCCCAUCAGCGGCCGGAGGUGGUGUCCUUCCUGCUCAGACGCCUGCAGAUGUACCAGAAGCAGGCCGUUCCCAUCGUCUUCCCCCCCGACGACCCCCGCUGUGACCCUGAAACCACCGGAGCCUGGGGACCCUGGGAAUGAGGAGAGGACGAGUCAUGAAUGAGCUGAAGAGCGUCAGUGAUGAGACACUCGUGAAGUUUAGAGAAUAUUUCUAUCCUCUGCUCGAUUCUUGCUCUGAGUGUGUGUGUGUGUGUGUGUGUGUGUGUGUGUGUCAUGAAACAGAAUCAAACUGUUUUUGAUAUUUACACAUAAACAUGUUUUCUCUACAAUAAAAACAUUCUCCAAGUUUCAUAACUCAAAACUAACUCCCCAUUUUAAAAUCUGAAUUAUUCUGACAAAAACAGAGAUGUAAUGUAAAUCAGUGACCGUAUUCUGACCUUUACUUGAUCACAAUCAGGAGAGAUCUGAGUCGAGCUGAAGCUGGACGCUUGUACAGUUACACUAGAAGAUCUCUGAGCUGAUAAACACUCUGAAGGUUUCAUGGUAAUUUUUAGAAAUAUGACAGAGUAGGUUUAUAAUAGUGUUUUAUUAUUGUUCACCACUGAUGGACUGGAGUACUGUGGAUUAUUCUGAUGUUUUUAUCAGUCUCUCAUUCUGACGGCACCCAUUCACUUCAGAGCAUCCAUUAUUAUUACUACAUUUCUCCAAACCUGAUGAAGACACACACUCCUCCUGAUCUCUGAUGGUCUGAGGGAGAGCUCUUUUACAGUUUUAGUGUGAUAUGAAGCUCUCUCUGUCCGGUCCGGUGACGUCAGCUCCUCUCAGGAUCAGUUCUGUGUCUUCUUCAGUCUGAAGUGUGUUUGUGCGUCUGUAGAGACGGACAACAGACUGAAAAGCCAUUAGCGAGGAGGAGACAGACUUUUCCAGAGACGGCACAGAAACUACCGCUCACUUCCUGUAAUCGGACCCUCCCCCUCCUCUGCACUUCCUGUGCUUGUGGAAUGGUGCUCUGUGAUUGGCUGGAGCAGAAGCUCAGUGUCUCCACAUGUCUCUGUAUCUUUCAGUGUUUCAGUCUUGUGUUACUGUACGAAUAUCAACAUUAUGAUAUACAUUUGCUGGAAACAUUUACUCACCAUCAUGUUUCUCCAGACUCAUAAAACUAGAAUCUUGUUUCUCCUUAUAAACUGAUUUUAUUUUUCAUUCCUCA